GGUUCUGACAACGACCUUCUGACGGUUGUAGCAGUUGGAUAUAGUUAACCAAUUCAGAUUGACUCAUAGUGUUGAGCGAACUUGUUUGAAAAUUAGUUUGGUCAAAUGAAUUUGACGGUUACAAAUCGUUUAAAAAUCAUUGCUAGAACCAUCACUAAUCCUACAUUUUUGAACUUUGUCACUUGACACAUCCCCUAUGCAGCGCUGCCAAACUGUGCAAGAUAUGUUAUGGUAUUUUCCGUCUUUCUGGCAGUUUCAAAUUAUUAACAUAAGAAAAAGACUGCGUUUAUGCAUUGGUGUUUUCCAUAUUUCAGACAUCUCAAAGAAACUAAUGGGAUAAUAAUAAUUUGAUAAUUUGUGGAGAAAGUCUUCGAAAAGAAAGAUGAUGUGGAUUUAAUUGGUACGACGAGAAAAAUUGACAUCUGGCAACGUGCAACUCAUACUUCAAAGAGGUUGAUUGCGUGGAGCUUUUGCUCAAAAUUCUUCAAAAUUUGAAAAUGAAUAUCCAAAAGGAAUAUAUUUCCACAGCGGAAGACGUAGCAGACACAGUUAUAAGAAAAUUAAAACAUAUAUUACCCACCCUAUCAAGAUUAUGCUUAAUCUCCACAUUCUUCGAAGAUGGCCUUCGAAUGUGGUUUCAAUGGAAAGAACAAAAAGAAUACAUGGACAUGUCCUGGGGCUGUGGGCCAUUUCUUGCCACAUUAUUUGUGAUACUCAAUCUUAUAGGGCAAUUAGGAGGAUGUGUCAUGGUUAUUGUGAGGUAUAAAGUAAACAUUGCUUGUGGAGUAUUGUUCUUCAUUGUUAUUUUACAAACGAUAGCAUAUGGUAUAAUCUGGGACAUGCAGUUUCUGUUUAGAAAUCUAGCUCUCAUAGGAGCUUUGCUAUUAGUACUUGCUGAGAGUAGGGGUGAAGCUAAAAGUCUAUUUGCUGGAGUUCCUUCUUUGGGUGAUAACAAACCUAAAAACUACCUUCAGCUAACUGGGAGGAUCUUGCUUGCCUUUAUGUUCACCACAUUGAUCAGAUUCGAGUUCAGCUUCCUUCAGUUAUUGUCAGACAUUGUGGGAACAGCAUUGAUGGUGCUAGUUACAGUAGGUUAUAAGACAAAACUAUCAGCUUUACUUCUGGUAGCUCUUCUGACUAUUCUCAACCUCCACCAUAACUGUUGGUGGACCAUACCUGACUACAAACCACACAGAGAUUUCUUGAAAUAUGAUUUCUUCCAGGUAAAUCACUAUACAGGAAAGGCAAAGAAUCAUUUAGUCUCCAUAUUUGAUGUGUACGAGCAGGAUAGAAAAACCUGUUUUAGAGCCCAAGUGCAAAUGAACAAUUUGAGCUGUUGCUACCAUACAUGUUUCUCUCCCUAUCAUUCAAACAUCAUAAAUAUGAUUCUCUGUCGAUCCUAUAUAUUUUUUUCUGAAUUGACUAAUGGAUAUUAAGGAAAAUUACUAAAUUUAAUUGUGAAAUAGUAUUGACCAGAGAUCCAGAAUGAAACAAAUACAUUUCCUAUCAUGAUCACAAAUGACCACUGUUUUUUUCUAUUUUAUUUUCAGACAUUAUCAGUGAUUGGUGGACUCCUAAUGAUUGUUUACCUUGGUCCUGGAGGUGUGUCCAUGGAUGAGCACAAGAAGAGGUGGUAACCAAUUUUAGUUCACAAAUCGUGAUCAAACAUUUUGAUACACUUAAACAUCCAAGACUUAAAAUAUUUUUUCUGUUGUGGUAUCCAUACCAUAUUCAUCUGUUUACACAAAGUACACUGCUGAUAUUGAGAUAUUAUUUAUGAUUUUUUACAAAAGAAUGUAUAUAUUAUGUGUAAGCCUAAUGUGCAAGAGUAUACGUGUAAUUUAAUUUCAUUUAUCAAUGCAUAUAUACAUACAUAUAUACCUGUGAAAGUCAAAAUUGUAUUUUUAUUAUUGUGGACAAUGUAAACAUUUUUGGAUUGUUUAUUUAUGGCUCAAAUAUGCUCUUUGUUAUUUUGUAAAGAAUUCUUCCAUUUAUAUCUUGUAGAUUUAAGUUGAGUGGGUUGUUAUAAAUUGUAAUAAAUUACGUAUUUUUACACAAAC